CGCAAUAUGCCUACAUAGUAAAUGGUUCUACUACGGACCUGGACUGCGUCUUAUCUGUAAUCGUAUACUGCGUUGGAAAGCAACUACGGAUCGAUACCGAUUCUUUGUUGGCUGUGCCGGCGCAGAGGGUAUGUCUCAAACUCGAUCUGACCCUAUAGGAAUCUGGCAGAGACCGACGUUGCUGCUUGUUGAGCAAGUUGGUCAUUUGGGUCCGUUGCAAAGUCAGCCUUGCCGUUAGGCAAACGUGUUCAUUCGUCGUUGUUGCGAACACGUCUCAUAAUGAGUGAUAGAUUAAUCAUCAUCAAGAAACCGGGGAAGCACCUGCCCUGCGAUCAAAGCGUCUUGACUCUUGAGGUGGAGAUCUAUCCGGUGCGAUUUGAUGCUGACUAUCAAAAAUGGACUGCCGUCCCCCACACACCGCAGGCUCUCAAACAUCCGCACCGGGGCCGUAUGCGUUUUGCUUUCGGCAUGGCCCAAUUAGUAUAAACAGCCGAACGCGCUCGUAACAUGCUGUGGCUGUGCUGUCUGGCGUCUCUGCCGCCAAUAUUCAUAAUGCACCCUGAAUCAUCCCGCAGCGCAUUCUCAGCGCAUUCGUACUUAUAGGAGCCUUCACCAAGCGACAUGAUUCAACCUCGUACCUCGCGAAUGUGAUAUUCUCGCGAACACAUGAACCCAGUUCCUCGAGAAACGACUUCCACUACCGGAUCGUCCACAAC